CCUCCAUAGAAGGAGGUUUGUACAGCCUGUGUCGCUCGCAGCAACAGUAACCGUCGCGAGUCGAAGCGUCGUGGCGACGCGUGUGUUGUACUCUGUGACGAGUCGACGCCGGUCGAUCCAUUGUUUGCAAUGCUGCGGUAGGUUCGCGUCAGGAGAACGUCUCGGACGCCGUGAAUCGCUGGAAACGAAACCGAUCCGCGCGUCGUGCACACGGAGUCCGUGGGCCGUGCAACAGAUGCUUUGUCGCGCGACGCGACGCGUUCUCUGUUCCCGGCUCUGGCUUGCCCACGAUUUCCUGUGGCCAUUCGCUGGUCUCGCGUCGGUUCAACGAUCGGUGCAUGUCGCACGUAAUCCGUGACGGUGACGUAAUAUGACGCGGAACGAAAGUGUACCACGCGCGUCAGUGACAUAGAGCCUCUGCUGCAAAGGGGAUCAUCGUUGAAUAUUUGAAGCGUGCACCGUGGAUCGGAGCCUUGAACAGCGGGUAGUGUUCUCGUUCCUCGUAGUCAGCCACGAAACUCGGAGGAAGAUAUACAUAACCCCUUUUGUACAGCGUGACACAGCGAUCGGUUCCUCGUGUGCGAACGUGGUGAGAAAGGAAGAAAGUGAGGAGGAUCAAUGGUGGGGGGAUUGUGUUUGCCGACGUCGUUCAGCCCUGUAUCCGGUCCUCGCUCGUAGACCCUGCCUAGCUGGCUGGCAGGCCGUCUCUUUUUCUACCUGCGUGGACUGUGAGGACACCGGUCGUGUACUUGGUCCCGCGGCCAGGAAAGAGGGACGAAAGGAAGAAUUCCUUUGUCCUCGAAAGGCACGGCCAGCGAACGUAGUAGACGGGAGAAGAGCAGCGAAUCAGUUGGGAGGUGGAGAAGGAAGCGCCGGAGCACGCGGUCGAGUUUCUACCUUGUCGGUGGUUCUCUGUUGCGUGUACCUGCCGGAGCGAGCGAGACGGAUACCAGUGGAUCAGCCGUGUGAGAAACGAAGAGGAGGAUAGGCUCGUACCAUCGCAUCAGUGAACGUCCGUCAGCGCGUUGCCAACGGCAAAGGGCAACAACCACGCCGUGACACAGAGCAGUGGCGAGCUGCUGUUAAGCCAAGGCCAGGUCGAGCGUCACUGGCCACGUUUCACACCGGUACCAAAACAACCUCAGCUGCUGCUUCUCCCUCCCUCCCUCUCUCUCUCUCUCUCUCUCGCUCGCUCGCUCGCUCGCGGUUCGUUCUACAUUGCCGAAUUUGCGAACGGUUCGACCUUUACGCGACAUGCUGAGUGAUUAGCGACGAUCGACUGAUCCAUCCACCGGACAACGAUUGUCCAGUUCGAGUUUGUGGAGUAUACGAGUUUCGAGUGUGUUGUUUACCACUAGUGAAUCUUGGGUACUCGUGAGACGAGAAUGCAGCGACGGGGAUUACCGGACACGAUGCUGUUACUGGUCCGAGCAGCUGUCCUCGCAGCUGUCUUCGGACAGUUCUUGGGACCCAGUCUGGCCAACAGACCAGCCGGCGCGCAUCCUGGCCACGCUUACUUCGAGCAACCGUGCUGCGGGCGGUCUCAUCUCAGGCAUCACAAAGAACACGUGAGGGAGUUCAGCUGCGGGAUGCUGUACUACAGGACACUGUACCUGGACAGCAAGAGGGACGCCCUUUACGUUGGCGCGAUGGACAAGGUGUUCAGGCUGAAUCUGAGCAACAUCAGCCACUCGAACUGCGAGAGGGACGUACUGAACCUGGAGCCGAGCAAUGUAGCGAAUUGUGUGUCAAAAGGGAAGUCAGAGCACUUCGACUGCCGGAAUCACAUAAGGGUGAUCCAGCCAAUGGGGGACGGGAAUCGGCUCUACAUGUGCGGCACGAACGCUCACUCGCCGAAGGAUUGGGUGAUUUAUAGCAAUCUGACCCAUUUACCCCGCCGUGAAUACGUCCCGGGCGUGGGAACGGGUAUUGCGAAGUGUCCUUACGAUCCUGCGGACAAUUCGACCGCUGUGUGGGUGGAAAAGGGCAAUCCUGGUGACUUGCCAGCUCUUUAUUCCGGCACCAAUGCCGAAUUCACGAAAGCCGAUACCGUAAUCUUCCGCACGGAUCUCUACAAUUUAACCACCGGUCGCAAGGAAUUCAACUUUAAGAGGACGCUGAAGUACGACUCGAAAUGGCUAGACAAGCCGAAUUUUGUGGGAUCAUACGACAUCGGCAGCCACGUGUUCUUUUUCUUCCGCGAAACUGCGGUGGAAUACAUAAACUGCGGCAAAAGCGUCUACUCCCGUGUGGCGAGAGUUUGCAAAAGAGACACCGGCGGCAAGAAUAUUUUGUCACAGAAUUGGUCGACUUAUCUGAAGGCACGGUUGAACUGCUCGAUACCUGGCGAAUUUCCCUUCUAUUUCAACGAGAUACAGAGCAUUUACAAAGUGCCAGGCGACGACACCCACUUUUAUGGCACGUUCACAACAUCGACGAACGGGUUAAUGGGAUCGGCAAUCUGCUCGUUUCAUAUCGACGCGAUUCAAGAGGCGUUCCGGGGGAAAUUCAAAGAACAAGCGACAAGCAGCAGCGCCUGGCUUCCGGUGCUCACUAACAAAGUUCCUGAUCCGCGACCUGGCCAGUGCGUGAACGACACUGAGGAGACAUUCCCGGACACCGUUUUGAACUUUAUACGGUCCCACCCGCUAAUGGACUCCGCGAUAUCGCACGAGAACGAGAAACCUGUGUUCUAUAAGCGGGACGUGACGCUCACGCGAUUGGUCGUCGAUAAAUUACGAAUCGAUUUCGUCGGCCUGGAUCUGGAUUACACGGUCUACUAUGCUGGUUCCAGCGACGGACGUGUACACAAGGUAGUUCAAUGGAUAGACAACAACGGGGAUUCCCAGUCUAUCCUAUUGGACGUUUUUGAUGUGACGCCAGGCGAGCCGAUCCAGGCGAUGGAGAUCUCGAAGGAGCACAAGGCCUUGUACGUCGCGUCCGAUCAUAGAAUAAAGCAGAUCGACUUGGUAAUGUGCACCCGCAGAUACGAUAAUUGCCUACGAUGCGUUCACGAUCCCUACUGCGGCUGGGACAAGGACACGAACACCUGCAAGCCUUACGAACCCGGACUUCUUCAGGACGUGUCGAACAGCACGGCCGAUGUAUGCGACAGCAGCGUAGGCAAGCGGAAGUUAGUAGUCACCUGGGGACAGUCGGUGCAUCUCGGCUGCUUCGUGAAGAUGCCAGAAGUGUUGGCGAAUCAGGAAGUAAGAUGGUACCAUUACAGCAAGGAGAAGGGCAGGUACCAGAUAGCGUACAAGUACGGUGCUGGAGGGGACAAAUUCAUCGAGACGUCCGAAAAGGGCUUGGUGAUCGUGGGCGUGAACGAACAAGACGCGGGAAGAUACGAUUGUUGGCUCGGUGGCUCGUUGCUGUGCUCGUACAACAUUACCGUGGACGCCCACAGAUGUUCCGCGCCCGCCAAGUCGAACGAUUAUCAGAAGAUAUACUCGGACUGGUGCCACGAAUUCGAGAAAUACAAGUCCGCCAUGAAAAGCUGGGAGAGGAAGCAAGCGCAAUGCGCCUCGAGGCAGAACGACAGCAAUCAGAAUCUGCACAUGAAUGAGGUGUACGGGACCCCCUUGGUCUGAUGGAGCCGAUCGUUGGAGCCCUCGUCGAGCCAAGACCCCGGCGCGGUGUUGCGUGCAAGCGUCCUGCCGAAGAAUCGCGGUCCAUCCACGAUCAGUCGGACGAGCCUCACUCUCCUACUGACCGGUUACACCACUGCCUUCGUCCUUCUUGCUACCGACGGGCUUUCGACCAAGUGAAGAUCGACACGCGUAUACACACACGUCCGCAUCAAAAGACAAGCCGGCUGAACUGUACGUCCUCAACAGACGAGAAUCCUCUCGUUCACCAUGGCGUCCAUCCACGAUCGAUCGAACGAGCCUCUCGCGAUCCCUAUCGCUCGUUCAAAAACUUCGCCUCGAACCCGCUUGUUCAUCAACAAACGUUUCUCGAGUCUCGAUUGCCAAGGAGGACUUAUAAUUAAUAUAAUCGCGCGAUCUCUUUGAGCUACUGUCGCGGCGAUCGAGGGGCAACCGUUUACGCGCGCGUUUCAUCGCCGACGAAAACGAUUGCUAUUGCCCGCUGUCUUCUGUUCGGCGCAAAUGGUGAUCGCGCAUAGUCUAUCCGCGGUUCCAGGUCCAUUUUCGUUUACCCGUGCCUCCCACCCACGACACGCUUCUCCUUUCUGUAAAUAGCCCGACGCCGUGACGCGUAACGGCGACGAGGAUCGCGGUCUUGUUUAGAUCGCAAUCCUCUCGAGGUCGCGACGAGGAUCGCCCGGCGGAAAGUCCGCUUAAACGGUGGACGGGACACGGCGACAAGAUGGCCGUCCGUGCGGACCCUAGGCGAUUCAGCUCCUAACGGCGUCGUUCCCGUAAAACUCGACCUGGGAUCGAACGAUCGAACUUUUGGGCGAAUUAGAAUGAUGGGUCGCUGUACCGACGUCUCGGUGACCGGCGAAUCGUGGCUCGGAGCCGAGGACGACCGUUCGCCAAACGGAAAUCGGUUCUUCUGUUUCCAUGGAUCUGUGAUACGAACGACGGGACGAGAUUCUCGAGCGAGCGUGCUCGGUUGGCCGCCAUUGCCCGAGCGAGAGCAGCUGCGCCAGCGAUCGGUGAGGAAGUAAAUGCAUGUACGGUCGGGCUUCAAUGGUCUGAAUCGCUUGGCUUGGAAUUUUGUCAGUGAGCCACGCGCGUCUAUUUCAGUUUUCGAUAUUUGCGGGGAACGUUUGGUAAGUGACAUGUCUUAGUUUUUGUGCAACUUUGAUGAUUUGUUUAUUGGCGAUACUUUUUAUUUGAAGAGAAACCACUGCUUUGUCGAUACAAAAAUAUACGAAGCUAGAUGUUACAUCUGGCAUCGGAAAAAAAAAAUAAAA